AGUCCCUCCGUCAUGGCCGACCUCACCGCAGGCGAUCCCCUCCUCCCAUUACUAACCGUUUCUGUAUCUGCCCCCCUCUUCGAGCCAAUCCCUCCACUCGGUAGGCCCUCCACUCAGUGUCCUACCACCCCACUCUGCCAAUCCUCCACUGACCUCCACUCAGUGUCCCACUCCCACCCCCAUCUGCCCUUCCACUGCCAGCUCCACUGGCCUCCAGUCAGUGUCUCCUCACCCCUCUCUGCCAAUCCCUCUACUGGCCUCCAUUCAGUGUGGCCUCCACCCCUCUCUGCCAAUCCUCUCACUGGCCUCCACUCUAGUGUCCGCCCACACUCUCUCUGCCAAUCCCUUCCAACUGGCACCCUCCACUCUGUGUCCUCCACCCCUCUCUGGCCUAUCCCUCCCCUGGCCUCCACUCAGUGUCCUCCACCCCUCUCUGCCAUUCCCUCCACGCAUUCCCUCCACUCAGGUAUCCUCCCUCCCCUCUCUGCCAAUCCCUCCCACGGGCCUCACGCUCAGUGUCCCUCCCACCCCUCUCUGCCUAAUCCCUCCACUGGUGGUCUCCAAUCCAGCGGCUCCACCCCUCUCCACGCCAAUCCCUCACCCCACUGGACCUCCACUCAGUGUCCUCCACCCCCUCUCUGCCAAUCCCUCCUACUUGUCUCUACUCAGUGUCCUCCACCCCUCGCUGCCAAUCCCUCCCAAUGGUCUCCUACUCAGUGUCCUCCCACCCCUCUCUGCCUAUCCCUCCACUGGCCUCCA